AUGCACAUAUGUAAGUCAAAAUCGUGUUUCAGAGAAGAACCACCAGCAUUACCAAAAAAGAUUCGAUCAUGUUGUUUGUAUAAAUAUCCAGAUUGGGUUCAAGGAAUGGUCGGAAGUGGAGGUGAAGGUGGACAUGGGGGAGGACAUGGGCAUUCACAUGGAGGAGGUGGAGGUGCAUCACAGGUGAGGAGUAAAGGUAUGCGAUUAAUACGGAAACCUUGUUUUUUGUUUUGAAAAUUGAUUGUGAGAAAAAGGAUAUAUUUUGUUAGAAAACGAACGUCAUAUGAGUUUUUUAAUCAAAAUUUAAAAAAAACUAGAUUUCUGAAGUUCUUUAAGCAACUAGGGGGAAGUGAUCUCAAAAUGCAAGUGUUCAGGUUCUCUGGAUUUCAAUUUAUAUUGUAUCAAUAUCAUUUUUGAAUUUGAAGAUUUCUAAAUGAUUCCAAUUAAUCAUAAUUUGAGUUUAUAUUAAAUAUUCCCAUCAUUGUUUCUCAUAGAAAUCCAGAUGUUUCAAAAAUUGAACACUUUUUUUUUCAGAAUAUGAAUAACAUCUUUUGACCUCACAUCAGCAAACAAAUGUUACAAGAUUUUAAAAAUUAUGUGUUUUUAUUUGGAAAUUACUUGAGUCAAAAUACCAACACAAGAAUAUUGUUUCAAACCUAUAUUACAGUAGUGAUUUUCAGGGAGCGUACCAUCCAUCUCAAGCAAAUUCCGGCCCGAGCACCACAACCACCAGUGGCCGUCCGCUGCUCCGCAGGUAA